AGCGGAAGGCGGCUCAGAAAAGUGCGCACACAGACUCAAGCAGCAUCAGCCGAGAGGUAAGCCUGAAGAACGAUUUACUCUACAGUGUAGACUAUAGAAGCUUCUACAUUCAAAGUUAACGUUACGUUUUUGAAAAAAUGAUGACAUGGAGGGCUGUAAAUGCAUUUUACACGGUUAAGAUUAUACUACAGCUUCAAGUUUUGCUUUACAUUACUGUGCCUAGAUGUAGAUCUGUUAAUUAAUGUCAAACUUCCGCUAAUUUGCCUAACAAAUGUCACUGUAAACCGUUAACAAACUGAGAAAGUCAGUUAUCAUCCAUCCUGCUACAUGAGCUCGUACGAAAAAAACUCGCAAAUGAGCCCCAAUAUAAAAAGCUACGUCUCCAUUUAAUGUCCGAGCUUGAGAUAAAGGUGAUGUUUGACGGAGUAACUCAGUUUAAAGCACAUUUAAGAAGUUAAUGAAGCCUUAUUCAGUGCAUGCACGCUGCACUGGCACAGGAAGAGACAGACGAGGAUGGGAGGGGAUGCGGCCAUGGCCUUGCGUUCCGGAGAGAGGGAGGCUGGCCGUUGUGUAAGAGAGAUAGACUACCGUUAAAUUACAUGGCCAGAGGCAAAAUCCAUCGAAACCAAAAACAACAACGAGAAAUAAAGGGAUAAAAUUGUAUCUUUGCGUAAAAAAAUCUGCACAAAACAAUUAAAGUUCAUUCAUAAUGUACAGUUCAUUCAUUGCGAGGGUAACGUGACAUUGGCAGCUCCCACUGCUGCAUCUUUGCGGAAGUGGAUUAGUCUCCAUGUUAUGUAACCGGGUAGAAAAAUACAUUUUACAGUUUCAUUCUGGGCAGAACACUCAGUAACAUCCCCCACGGUUAAAGGUAAGAUAUAAUAAGAUUCAACUGUCGUAUUAAUGAUGCACACAGUACGCUGAAUCGUAAUGAAGACGUUAUUUUAUGGGGACUAGGAGUGUACGUGAACGCAACGGAGGUGAAGCUACGUGCCGCCCCUGGUCUUCAUGAUGAAGUCUCGAAUCGUUGCGCCAUCGGAUUACAGAGAUGAUUGGUUGCUUCGUGGUGACGGGAAGCAGAGGAUGUGGUGAUGAAAAAACCGAAACGGUUGAUUCAUACACGUAUGUCGUUAGGUGGAAAAGUCAAGCUGAAAGUGUUCCCGUGAUGCAUUGAAGGACACAGACAUGGUGUAGUGUCGCAUGAUCCUGCCGCAGUUUGACUUCAGACUCGACAGACCUGUUGAUGCGGUUUGCAAAAGGGGCCUGGUGCUCGCUUAAAGUGACAACACGACACUGUUUAAGUUCACCAUCAAUUAAAUGAUGCAUGCACCAUAUACUGGAUAUUUUCUGACAAAGGUUUGACUUAAAAAAAAGAGUAAAUGUUGGAAAGGCUGUAGAGUUAUCAUUUCUUUGCAUUUGGCAUAAUUUAGUAGAUAUGGUUGCAAUAUAGUGAAGGUUUCCAAAAGCAGGGUCACUCAGAAAACCUAAUAUAUACCUUACAAACUAAUACAGUUAGUAUGGGGGCUGUGUGGUUGUUAAUUAGUUAAAAGGCAGCUGUAUGCAUGUGGUGGACUGAAGAAUACAAAAUGUUCCUUAUAGGUAAAGUGUGGGAUAAAUGUUAUUAGCGCCACCGUGAGGAGUCAUGAGGUAGUAAUGUAGUGAGUCACAGCAGAAGUGAAGUCUGAUCAGAGUGCUGUGAUAGUUAGAAACAUUUAUAACACAUUUGGCAGCAGUGACAAAGUAAUUAUUGCACCAGUCUGAAAGUACAUUGAGUUGAUAUCAGUAUUCAGUUUCUUGCCUUGUUUAACUUUGUAUAUUUGUACAUAUACUCUAAUCUUUCAGUUACUUUCAUUCAUUUCAUGUAGGUGUGGUGCACUUGGGUGCAGCCAUGUCUGACCUUGCCUCCCUCUUGAAGGUCAUGCUUACAGCUGAGGAAGGUGAUAGCAGGCCCAUAGCUGCUGUAGUGAUGCUAUUGAUUGUUAUUCUUAAACCUGUCAUCAAUUUAAAAAGGGGGUUGUACACUGUGCUCAUGGACAGAAGGUUGUACCUCUUAAGCCAGGGUACAGAUGUCGGAGAAUCAGUAAUAAAAGGCUCAGUGCAAAUGGGAUGCCUGGUGUUACAGUAAUUUCACAGAAAAAUGAGGACUGACUCACUGUAUUUCCAUGAAUGAUAGUUUUGUGGUAUUCCACUGCAGUUACUUCCACAUAAUUUUAAAGCACAAGAUGUACAAUACUGUUUUUAAGUUUCCUUUUCUUGCCAAUUUAUAUUAUUCAUCAACCUAAUAGAUAAAACAUGGACAGUGAAUGCAACAAGAUCUCUGUGGGCACAGUUUGAUUACUUACAUAAGAAGGACAGUAUUAACUUGACGGGUCAAUCAUGAUUACUUUGACUUUUAUUUUACUCUCUUCACAGAUCAGAGUGUCAAUCAGAUGUCUUCAAUGUAAAUGUCAGAGCUUGUUUAAGCAUCACAUUCACCUUUGCUGUUUAAGGAGCAAGAUAAUAGUCAAUGAGAUUAGCUAAAGCACAUUAGCAAUACAUAGGACAUGUCAUCCCAGCUUAACAAAUUACUGCCAGGUUAGUUAAAGAUUUAAAAAUGACAUGGACGACCCGAGUCAUUUCUUCUCUGAGACGAGUUCUACUUUUACACAAAGAUUAGUGGAACACUUCCUAAUGCUCAUGAACAGUCAACCAUACCAAAGGGGAUUUCGACAUGAGACAUGGUUAGACUCCGUUUUGAGUCAUUCCUUCAUCUUAAGUGUGUUAUGACUCAUAGUUUUUCUAGAUUCACUCAAGUUUUCCUCUUGAAGUGGUGGGGCUGGUUGAGGUUUGGUUCCCCGUGGAUGACACCUUGCAGCAGACUUCCCAAGCAGCCAUCUUGUGCAGGAUGUGCACAGGAAGUAACUCAGGAGUGACUCAGCACUCUGUGAAACGGUUGCAGGUUUCAGGAACCGAACACUAGACUAGGGGAGGACACAGCUAGGAGAGGAUAGGCCAGUAGUCACACAGUUGUUUAAAGAUGCAUGUGUGUGUAAAGUAAACAUUUUCAGGUUAGCAAAGAAAGUACAGAACUCAUCUAGUGUAAAGGUAGCAUCAGAGAGGAGAGGAGGUGAAUGACAGGCUGAGCCUCAGGAAGGAUAUCAAUCAUCUAAUGCUGACAGAAGUUCAAACAGUGGGGCUGCUUGUAAGCAUGUGUGUGGUCCAGCAUUACCUCUGCAGAGAAGUCACAUGCCUCCCUCCCCUAUUGAAUCCCCUGUAGUUUGAUACAGCAAACCUUUUAUUAAUUCAUGUCGGUAAUGUGUGUGUGUGUGUUCAAUUGUGUGCAUGAACUCGUGUUGGCAAGUCACUGUAUUUAUAAAAUCACCCUCCUUAAAAUAAUUCUCUUCUACGGGAAAAAAACAUCUCCAUUAAAAACUCAUUCAUCUUUGUACUUUGCUAAUUUACCAUGAACAAGAAAUGGUAGACGUUCCUACGGUUUGUCCCAAUCAGCAGAAGAUCCUGCCUGCUGAGCUGGGCACACAGUCUGUGGUGAUGUGCGUGUAUGUGCAUGUGUCUGACAAGUGAUGUGAUGGUGUGGGACAUUUUACUGACUACCUAAGGGCAACAAAGUGAUGUUGUCUUCAUGAUGAGCCUGUCAAAGCAGAGGAAGCAAGUGCAGUGUUGAGGAAAAGUUGAGCCAAAGCAGAGAUCCUGCUUACAACACAGACAGUUCAUGACAUGUAUUGUUUUGUCCCUUAUACAUUUGAUGGAUUUGAUUCCCCAAGAGGCGGGCCGGAUGAGAAAACAUUACCUAAUUGGACAGCAUGUCUGGCUUUAAGCCAAUCAUUGCACUGCAGUGGAAAAAUACUAAAAGCAGGAGGGCGUGACAGAAAGCUAGGGGCUGGGUUUAAUGGGUAGGGGUGGGUGAAGGAGGGAGGCUGGGACUGAAGGCAGAGUGUGCAGGAACUGCCAAGAGAGAGUCAGUGAGUCCAUGCACUCACAGAGCCAAUUGUAUUGACUACAAAACCCAGAGCAACCCUGAAGACUGGGAACUCCAGCUAUAGUCAAACUUAAUUGUCAAUGCUUUGACAAAGGUUAUUGUUCAUUUCUAGUUUUACUCCUUAACACAGCCACACAAAGAUCACUCACAUUACCCUGUGACAGGAUGUACAGUGGGUCUCAGAGGAUUAACGUCCUCAAUAUCUAGGUCCAUAUAAGGGGUCGCUGAGGGUGGAUAAAAUCCAGACACUGUCCAAAAGCUCUCCCAAGAGUCUGCUGACAUAUUACAGAGAGGAGACAAAGCAGCGUUGUUGUUAUGGUGAAGUGUUGGUGCUUGACAGCUUAAGGAGGUGUUGGCGGUGGUGAAAUGCUUUGUCAUGCUCCCCCUCCCCUCUGGCUGCCUCUUGCCUCCUUUGCUUUUCUAAUGCUCAGACAGAUUUUGUCUCAGGAUUGUGAUUUCACCACCUGAUGCAGCCUGUUGUCUUUGUCCUUUUCUGGCUGUCUGGUUUUGACUCAUCAUCCCCUGAGUGGUCCCUCUAGGGCACACACAUGCAGCAGCCCUGCCUGUUUGUGCCCCCCCCCUGGUGUCUGGGUUUGUAUGAUGAAAUUGGGUCGGAGCUCUGAGGGAGGGAGGGAGGUUUUGCAGUUGUACUGAACGAGGGGUGGCUGAACAGACAAAGAGUAGCAAGGACAGAUAAUCGGGGAAGUGAAGAAAGGGUGCUGAAUUGUAAUUAUUUUUAUUAAAGAAGCGAAAGAGGUGGGGUGGCCAAAAGUGAGGGGGCAAUGAAAGAAAAGUCUGAGGAUGGAUGGACUAAUGGAUGGAGAGACGGGAUGAAAAUUAGGAAGAGCAGACUAGUAAGCGGUUGGAUCAAAUAUAUGUCUUCAUUAAAUUCGGAUUGAACCAAGCCUCACUGAUUGGUUGGAUGUUCCAUUUGGCAACCAACCAGAAUUGGAGAUUGCUGCACCGCCCUUGUUUAGUGACCUACUCUAAAAGCUUUUGUCUUAUUGAUUUCACUAAUCUAUAUCACAUACUGUUCAGAGGAGUUGUCGAGAAAAUGGUUUUUUCCCUAUCGAUAACUUAAAUAACAACCUAAAUCAAGGGCUAGAACUUUGUCGCUUAACUCCAUAUGUCUGACCAGCGUCUGCCUGCACCCUCAUUUCACUAUUAAAUGAGAGCCAGCAGAUUGAAAACUGCAGUCGAACAACCUUCUCCCCUUCACUCUGCACAAUACAGCCUCUGUGAACAGAAACAUGUGAGAGUGUGUGUGUGAGAGUGUGUGUGUGUGUUACUAAGUGUUACCAGAGCAACAGAUCAAGAGCUGGCUGGUUUACUGUGGAAGGAGGCAGAACUGUGUUUGCAAAGUCAGGGGAGUCCUUCACAUUUAAGUAACUUAACCUCUUUUAUUUUCAAUUUGCAUUAAGAGGCUUUCUUAUUUUCAUUUGCUCACAAUCUAAAUAUUUAUUCAAAACAAAUGUUGAAGCUGUGAAAGUAACACAAAAAUGACCUCCUUCAGUAUCUUGUUUUGUCUGCAACCCAAGAUACCAGUCAGUAGUUUACUGUCAUAGAGGUAGAGGUGGGAGAAAAAAAUCAAUACAGCAUAGUAUCGCAAUAUUUGGUCUGGUGAUGUAUUGUAUCGUCUCAUUGACCAAGUAUCGAUUUUUCAAAUUAAUGGCUAAUAUAAAGUCAAAUCUAUGAUAAUGGAAAAAUAAAAUCAACUGUUUGUCCAGUGAGGUUGACAGAGGUGACAUUGUAGAGCAGGAGAAAGUUAGUACAACAAAUAUAUAUAUAUAUGGUCUGUAAGAUGUGCUACAUGAAAAUAAAAUACUGUGUAAAUAAGACAAACAUAAAGGAAAGACAAAUGCUAAAUUAGCCAAACAGUUGAAAAAAUUGUAUAAAUCGGAAUAUAUUGUAUCACAAUACUCACUGUAUUGCAAAACGUUAAAAAUCACAACAAUAUCGUAUUGUGGCCCAAGUAUCGUGAUAAUAUCGUAUUGGCGCCCUAGUAUCGUGAUAAUAUCGUACUGUGGGGCCACUAGUUAUUCCCACCCCUACAUAGAGGAGUACAAAUGUAAACUAUAUUGAUGUACUUUUUCUCAUAAAAACAAAACUCGACUCUGUCUUUGUAAUUAGUUUACAAUCGUAGGAAUAGUUCACCAACAGGAACAUGAACAUUAAUAACUGUAUUUAAUGCAGUAUUUGUCGCUGGGAUUAGUUCCACUGUUAACCAAAGUCGUGGUCCCAGCCAUCUCCAUUCUUCCUCAGAGAACCAGCAUGACCCACUCUGUUUACUAAGUAGGAUCAUUUGUCAGCAGAGCAGCCAUUUUAUGUGCGAAAACCCAGGGCAGCGACUCAUUUUAGAGGAAACGGUGAAUGUGGAAAGCAAAAGCCAGUGAGUGAGACUAACUGUGAAAAAGAGGAAAGGAGGAAGAGGAUUUCAAAAGAGAGAAAAGGGAAGGUGAGUGUAGAGUUUUGUAAACUCACAGUAGAUCAUUAUGGGAACAAAGUGAAGGAGAGGACAUAGUAAUAUGAGAACAGCAUAGUCACACUGUGUACCUCUACACUGUCACAUUUCCCUCUACCCCUCCCUCUCUCCUCUGAUGACCUUGUGUUAAACAUGCCACCAAGAGGAGGACACAAAAUAGAUGCUCUACGCUAAAAGAAGCUAGAAAUGGGAACACAGACAGAUGUAUUGGAGACUGGCUGUUAAAUCUGCAGCAGGCUGUUCAAUGAAUUGAUUCUGACUUCCAUCAAGCCCAGUUGAAGCUAAACAGAGCUUCACUUGUGCUUCAAUUACACUGAAACAGGAUAAACUUCAGGUUAAAAUACUCAGAGAUAUCCAACAUUGUUCACGUGUGUAAGUGUCAGUGACAGAGAGAAUGGCAGAAAUGAUUGUCCUAAUCUUGUAUCCCUUUUUGAUUAUCUAAGUGCUCCCACAAUGCAUUUCUACAGGUUAGCACCCUGCCUUAUAUCCGCCCUACUGAGACACACCCAUUUACACUCGCACUAUGAGACACAUACAUACUCACAAAACAGUUAAGGAGAUUACAGUAGUCUCAUAUGACAACCAACCAGUCUCAAGGACAAUCAGUGUUGCCCUCACUUACUCUACCUGCACUCGUCUUACUCACACGCACUCACAGAGUUGUAGGUGGGGGAGGGGAUAGAGGAGGUGUGGAGAAAAGAGGAGGCAGGAAGAUGCAGGUUCAGUGUGAAAAGGAGAGGGAAGCAGGGAAAAGGAGGUCACAUAGUUGAGUCAGAGCCAGGCUUCCUCUCUAUUCAUGCAGACAAGUCUCUGUUUGUCUUUGUACAUACCUAUCCCUCUCCCUCCCUUCUUAUGCCAUUGUAUUAUAAACAUGCCCCUGCAUGAUGUAACACCUCCCUGCCUUUGCUGUAGAUACAUACCAAACAUGAAUUUCACAGCCUGUAUUUUUCUCAUAAUGGCAUCAAAGAGAAUCAUACCUAUCAACAAGCCAUACUAAACCACUCUGGAUAGUGUUCCAACAUGAAAAUUACAUGUUACAUAAGAAUUACUGUGUAGCUGCAAUUGUUUUUUUUAGCGUGCUCCUCAGAGCUCUCUCAGAUACAUACUUGUACACUAGAAGUUAGAUGUGUCAUGUUUUCAGUUUUGGUAUCAACAGCUCUCUCAAUAUUUAUUGUUGGAUUUGUGUGACAUUAAGGCGCAGGGAAAGAAGUAAGUUAGAAAUCUGGUUUGAAGUUAACAAUGCACUUUGAGACUUGCGACAGUUUAAUUCAAUGCAAAGAGCCACCUGGCAUCAUUCAGCGCAAAUUCUGUGUCAGUGUAUUUACACGCAAAAGGAUUGACCAUGUAUUAUAAUGUCUUUGUCAUUAAGUAUCUGUAGUUUUUCUCAUUUCAUUGGUUUCUCUUUUUUCUCCUGCAGUUAACUCAGUCCCCCUCAAGCAGCAGCAAACAUGUCAGACCUCUGUGUUGGAAUCAAUGGGUGAGUUCAAACACAUCAUGUGAACAUUGUGUUUUUGAAUCAGACAUACACGCUGCUGUUUAACCUUGACUGCAGAUUCAGAACCAGCCGCAUCAUGAAUCAAAUCGUACUCAUACUAGACUGUGCCGUAUUACUGAAGGGUAUAUUGAGAGGGCACACCAUAGAGCACAGAUCACAUGACCACCAGAAUUAUGGGAUGUAGGCAAAAAGCAUGGCAACACUUGAGGUUAAUAUUAAGUUCAUUCUUGGUCUCAGUAGCACAUUGAAGUGCAGUAAGUAGAACAGACCAGGUGGAUUAUAGCGGCUCGGUUCUGUCUACUUGUCCUAAAACUUUCUGCCAUUGUCAUCCCUGCUGUUGUACUGAUGCUCACACACUCCUUGUUUCAUUUUUCUUUGAACCCACAUGCAUUUCAUAUUUUAAUGCACAUAUGAGAGAUUGAACCCAUCCCAUACAGUGUUUCAGAACAGCACAAAUAGAAGCUUGGCAUGAUAAUGUCUUAUGCCAUAACAACCAUUACAAAUCUCUUUCUCCUUCUCUGUCUUUGUCUGUCUCCCCCUCCCUCUGUGUCCACCUCUGCAGCUUCGGUCGUAUUGGCCGCCUUGUGUUGAGAGCUUGCCUCAAGAGAGGCAUCAAAGUUGUGGCCAUCAAUGAUCCCUUCAUUGACCUGGAAUACAUGGUAAGAAAAUUGAAGUACAUCGUUGUAUUUUUGAAUGGUUUGCAUAUUUCGCCUCAGUAGAUGACCUGUUGUGAGCAUGACUCUCUCCACAAAGCUGGCCACACACUUGAGUGUGUGUGCGAUGCACCUGCCCAAAAGCAAAAGCAUCAAAUGGUUUCUUUCUCCAUCAAUUACAUCUUGUUUAAACACCCAGACAAACAAACAUCUCACAAAUGUUGUAUAGUAUAGUAAUACCACACAACAGAAACAUACAGUGUUUCCCUCCUAUGCUUCAUUAUUUUAGGACUCAAUAACAUUAUAUUACUUAUUAGCACAAACAAGAGAAAAUGAGCAUGAGCAUUAUUUGCAUGAGUCCCACCUCCAACCAGGCAAGCAACCAGUUGUGAUUCAGGACUUUGCUUUGGCAAGGGUGGGCCAGUGAGAUUUCAGAGACAAAUAUGAUGACUGUGAUAAUCACAGAAUUAACUAGAAGCUUCAUGACUGAUAAAAUCCUACUUCUCAUGCCCCAGGUCUACAUGUUCAAGUAUGACUCCACCCAUGGCCGCUACAAUGGUGAAGUCCACAAGGACGGCGACAAGCUCAUAGUUGACGGAUCUGCAAUCUCUGUCUUCCAGUGGUAAGUGAUGAUGGUGAUGACGAUGGAAGUGGUUAGAGUCUGUCAGUUAUUUAUAUAUCAGAGCUCUGUCUUAAAAUCAGUCUAAGGCUCUGCUUGGAUUUGAGUACAACAAAUAUCAAUAUCUGUAUUAUACUGAUUCAGAAUUGGCCUCAAAUCUUGUAUCAUGUAUCUGCAGUGCCCAGUUCAGUUCACUUAGCUUCAACCAAAGAUCAUAAGAAUCCCUGAAUAUCAACCAAUGUCCCUGUGUCUCCUAAAAAGUAGCCAACUCAGCAACAAUGUUAUGUCAGCCAACACAAGCAAAUGAUAAAUUCAAAGAUGAACAACAACAAUAGAGCAGAACGAGCAGAGAGGGUAAUGUCAAACAAACCUAACCAAAUUACAUUCCUCUGUUUUUCCAUGACUGAUUUUAGGGUUGUGUGUCCCAGAGUAAACAAACUACCACUCGACCUGACCUAAAUUUAGUAAGAAGUCAUUCAAGGAAAUUCUUAGUGCAUUAAAACUAGUAUCCUCGUGGCAGGGGGCCAUCGGAGUUUCAUGGAGGCUGUAUUGCUCAGUUUUACCUUCCAUCCGUUGUCUCCACUAAAAUGAUGAAAAGAUGAAAUGAGCUUUCCCCCUUGUUUUGCUCCACUCAUUCUGCUGCCUCUCCUUCUGCUCAGCCCACUCCUGUCCCUCCCCCUGUGCUAAAAGUAACAGGAGCAAGAGGGAGGGUUGUAGAAGUGACGUCCUAGUUUUUAAACAAGGGUUUGGAGUGCAUCUGCAUCUUUUUUUAUCUAUUAACUAUAUUUGGAAAGACUCUUCAGCUUUUAAUCUUUUUGUGAAAACUAAUAAUUUUACUUUAGUCCAUCACUAGCAUGUUACUAGCCAAAUAGGCACCACACACACACUUUUAUGUUUGGAAAAGUGUCCCUUCGGUCACUGUCUCUGCUGCCUCUGUGAUAUUUUGGUCUCACUGGUCUUUGAACUGCCGUGUUUGUUCUCCUCAUCUGACAACGGUCUUUCUCUGACUCUAGUAUGAAGCCAGCAGAAAUCCCCUGGGGUGAUGCCGGAGCCAAAUACGUCGUUGAGUCCACUGGAGUCUUCCUCAGUGUGGAGAAGGCCUCUGUAUGUAAACACAAACACACACCGACACAUGCAGAACAAUACAAACAAACCACCAGACAGUCCAGUUUCUAAUCUGUCCUCCUAACGGCUUUAUUUCUCUUACAGCUUCACCUCCAGGGAGGAGCUGAGCGUGUGGUUGUGUCCGCCCCCUCACCCGAUGCCCCGAUGUUUGUCAUGGGAGUGAAUGAGGACAAAUACAGGCCCUCCAUGAAAAUUGUCAGGUAACAAACAGAGUCCCUGACAUGCAGUUACAAUUCAUUUUUACAAUCAUGUUCCUCAAUAUGAAUGUAGCUGUACUGUCACACACUUCUGUCAUUUAUGAACAUGGAGUCAGUUGAAAUUGAUGGUUGUUCCAUUUCUUUUGUUAGCAAUGCCUCUUGUACCACCAACUGCCUGGCCCCCCUGGCCAAAGUCAUCCAUGAUAACUUUGGCAUUGAGGAGGCUCUCAUGGUAAGUCUAAGUCAGUCUGUGCUCCGUGUUAUUGACGCUAUUUAUCUGAGUAACAGGAUUAUUUAUUAAUGUUUGAAUCUUUUUAUCUAUAUCUAUCACUCCGGCCUCUGUAGACUACAGUCCACGCCUAUACAGCCACCCAGAAGACAGUGGAUGGUCCCAGUGCCAAGGCCUGGCGUGACGGCCGUGGUGCUCAUGCCAACAUCAUCCCUGCCUCCACUGGUGCUGCCAAGGCUGUGGGGAAAGUCAUCCCUGAUCUCAAUGGGUGAGGACCAGUGCAUCCACUAUCAUCCUGGUUAUUUUACAGACUUGUUCUGAUCAUGGUGACGAAAUUGAGAAAAUUUAAAUAAAAGAAAAGGCAACCCACGUCUCUAACACCUCUCUUUUGUCUGUCCCCUCUCUGUAGGAAGCUGACUGGGAUGGCGUUCAGGGUGCCUGUUGCCGACGUGUCAGUGGUGGACCUUACUUGCCGUCUGUCCAAGCCUGCGUCCUACGCUGAAAUCAAGGAGGCCUGCAAGAAGGCCGCACACGGGCCAAUGAAGGGAAUCUUGGGCUACACCGAGGACCAGGUACCGCAUCAGCUUUUUUCUCAAAUACCUUUAAAUAAAUAUCUUUUAAAAUUUGAGAACCAAAGCUGUGAGUGAGCAGUGGCAGGCUUCUUAAGGUGGUCAUAAUCAGUUCUAAAUCAUCAUGACUAAAAUUAAACUUGCUUUUGGGAGUUUAUGGUGAAUGGCCUCAGCUGAGCCUGAUGUCACCACAGUUUGUCUACAAGCUCUAAGUCUAAAUUUAAACAGGUUCCCACAGGAACAAUUCACUGGACCCUCAAGUAGGGCUGGGCGAUGUGCCCCAAAUGGAUAUCAUGAUAUAUUGAGCAGUUUACCUCGAUAACGAUAAAUGGAUGGUAACUUCUCCACAAGCUGCUCACCCUCUCCCACAUAAACUUGGUCUACUUCAGCCGCUACAACUUUAGAUUUAUCCUCCAUCUUCUCCCCUGUCUUUCCAUCUUUGUGAUGGACUGGAUGGAGUGGAGUCAGGACAGCGUCUUAAAGGGACAUGAGACCAUAGCCUGCCUACACACAUCCAAAACCAAUUUAUAUUUAUUUUUUUGACACAGAACAUACUGAUAUGGGCCAAAUGAUAUAUUGUCGUAAAUUUCGGUAUCGGCAAAUUUUCGAUUUAUCACCCAACCCUGCCCUCAAGGUAGCCAAAACUAAUAUAAAAAUGGAGAUAGGGACAAAUAUUUACAUGAUUAUUGAUCAAAAAAGCAUCAGUCCUCAUGACUUCAGCCUUCAUGAAUGUGUGUCCCAGGUAGGAUUUGGUGGUGUGUAAAGAUAUGAGAGAUUAUUAAUAUCCUUAUUGUUUGAAGGGACUGACUUGUGUCUUGUCUUGUCUUGUGCAGGUGGUGUCCUCUGACUUCAUCGGUGACACCCACUCCUCCAUCUUUGAUGCUGGUGCUGGCAUCUCCCUCAAUGACAACUUUGUCAAGCUCAUUUCCUGGUUAGUUUUGAGUUUCUUGAUCAAUUUAUCAAAAUUCUCAUUCGUCUUAAGCAGAAAAUGAAAGAAAUGAUGAUUAAUUUCCUCCUUCUAUUCUGUCUCUCUCCAGGUAUGAUAAUGAGUACGGCUACAGCAACCGUGUCGCCGACCUGCUGCUUUACAUGUACAGCCAUGAGUAGACACUUCCUAUCCAAAAAGGGAGUCAAGAAAGGGACCACCCCCAACCAUCCCCUCUCCCUUCCCCUCUCUUUUACACGCAGGCCCCUCAUAGCCGAGUCAUAGCAUCACAGUCCUUAGCUCUAUUACACUAUAUGUAGGCGGCAGCAGCAGUGUGUUUGAGUGUUCUGAGUUACUCUGUUUGUUUUCCUUUAAAGACAAGAUGAUCAGUCAAUGACAGUAUUUGUGUCUGUGUGCCCCCUCUCCACCUCCCACUGCCACCUUAGAUGUGUCAUGAUGGCUCAUUACCAUGGUAACUACUGUAUCCAUCUCCCUGUUGGUGUGUUUUAAAGGCUUAAUCAAGGUGGAAGGAGGCAGCUGAGAGGCUGAGCUACUGUAACUUUGCGUAAGAGUAAAGAGAUAAAGAAAUAAAACUUCAAAACCCCCA